AUGGACCAGGCAGGAUCACCAAAUUUGUCGAGCACGCUCGAGUCCGUGCAGAUCCCCGACCCGGCACACGAUGCUAAAGCUGAGGGCACUAUUGUAGCCGUCGAGGUCAUAGACAACGGCAACGGCAGCGGCAACGCAGUGCCCCUCGAUGACGUUCCCCCUAUCGCCGUGAAUGCGGAGGCCAGUGUGUCUGAUAUCAAGCGUAGACCAGGCCGGCCUAAGAAACAGCCCGCGCCCGCUGAGCAGCCCAGGGUCAAACGCCCCGUAGGCCGCCCGAGGAAGGACGGCCUACCCGCAGGAUCUGUGGGUCCCCGUCGUCCAACUCGUCCGCGCAAGCGGCCGCCGGGGACAUUUGCUGCACAGCAGUCCAUCUCUGCGCCGUUUCCGUAUGCGGUGCGCCGGUUUUUCCAGCCCCAGUUCAAUUUUCCCCCACCGGAGUCGAUGCAGACGCAGUGGCGCGCCUCGGUGCCACCCAUGGCCUCCCUGCAACGUCCCCCUCCUGCCCCGCGCCCUGUAUCGCACAUGUCGAUCCCCAUCGAUCCGAGCCUCGACCGAGACAACUGGCCGGAACUCUCUCGCACCAGGCCGGAUAUCUUCCUACACACGUUGGUCAUGACGCUGCAGGCUCCGAAUCUCGUGUCCUCUGGUGGACCGACCGUGGAGGAGGCCUUCAAGUCGCAUCUCGUGUCCCUCACUCCCAACAAGAACGCGCCAUCUAUCCCGACGCUGUAUUCUAUCUUGAAGACAUUCUGGCUGCCGUCGUCUCCCGUGUACUUCUCGCUGACGUCGUCGGCAUCGACGACGCGUACCCCGUCUGAUCAUCGGUUCUUCUAUUGGGAUCCCCAUACUCUUGUCUUCAACGGCAUAGCGUGUCCGGCAUGCUCAGCCCCUCUCAUGAAUCGUGGCCGGAUCGGCACGGGACCCAUUAAGGUGUACGACUUGCACAAGCCGUUCUUCAUUAUUGGUUGCGAGUACCAGUGCAAAAGUCCGGUGUGUGUCGCCGCGGCAGGUACUGAGGGCCGCCGAUUCGCGAGCACAGACCUAUCGAUCCUGCGCGCUCUGCCGCCAAAGCUGAGGGACGAGUUUCCGGCGCUGUUGAUUCACGGUGUGCCGGAUCUCGGGAGCGGUCCUGAGAUAUGGAACUGGCAGGGGAUGGGCGUCUCCAUCGCGCUGUGGAACAUGGUCCAUGCAAGUUUGCGGACCGGGUCGAGGAAGGAGACGAUCCUGGAGAUCAUUCAGGCAGUGCAGCAAGGCGUCCCGGAGGACUACGCGCCCUUCCCGCCUAUGCCGCUCCCGCAGCAGCUUGAGCAGCCCAUACGAGGAGAGGAAGAAGAGGAGGAGGAAGAGGACACGCAGGAGGCUGCGCAGGUCGAGGGCGACCUGGAGUACCCCAAGGAUAAAACCACAGACGAGUUCAAUGAGGCGUGGCACGCGAACAGCGGCGCGGUCGAGGUUGCUGCGGGUGGUGUGCCAGGCGAGGCGGGGCCCAGCACAGUCGCAGCUGCCGCGCUCGGGGAGCCCAACGGCAAUGCAGGCGACCAGCCCGCGCCGCCGCCGCCGCCGUUCGCGCAGUUUGGACAGCCCGCACCGCCCCCGAUGUACCAGCCGUAUGGCUAUGUCCCGUACCCGUACCUCCAGGCGCCGGGGGAAGCGAACGCGCCGAAUCCUAAUGUGCUGAAGCGUACGUUCUCGAUCGUGGACGGGACACCGGACCCCGAGGUGGGGAUGCCACUGCACAAGCGGGUGCGGCACUGUUGCAAGUGCGGGUCGAACGAGUGCAAGGGCAAGGGCGGGCGGUCGUUCUGCCAGAAUCCGUGCCAGGACUGCGGGAAGGUCGACUGCAAGGGGCGGAAUAACCUCCCCUCGCAAAGUAUACACAUCGGCAAAGUGGGGCAGAAGCCCGCGGCAGGAGUCGGCAGUGGUGCAGACACGUCGACGAGCGGCCGAUGGGCUACUGAGGAUCGUGAGGAUGGGCGAUAUAUCCCUCCUCAGAAGGAAUUGGGUGUCUAA